GGCGGCGGCAGGGAGCGAUGGGGAGGGAGCGGGCGGCGGCAUGGAGUGCCGCUCCUCGGCUGUGGUUAAGAGGGCCUGGAGAGGGGAGCCGGGCCUGAAGAGGACUCUAACCGUUCUGCUGCCGGUUUGCCCGCCGGCACCGCCUGAUGAUGAAUGAAUUUAAAUGCGAACGCGCUGUGCUCCGUCAGCGAACCCAAGGAAACAAAAUCUCCAGGCGCUACUCUGCUGUGUCUGAGGGCUCCGAACCCACGUUGUUCACAAGCAGGAUCAGAGGCAAGAUGACAGCACAUCUGGCUCCAUAUUUAAGGUCAGGCCAGAUGGGGAUCUGAGCAACCUGAUGCACUGUAGGUGUCCCUGUUCGUUGCAGGGGAGUUGGACCUGAUGGCUUUUAAGGAUCCCUUCCAACUCAAAUGUCUGUGAUUCUGUGUCAAACGUCAGUCAGUCCUGUGGUGGACCAAGAUGGAAAUGUGUCAGACAGCGUAAGAGAUGAAGUUAACCAAGAAAAUAAAGAAUACCUUGCAGAAAAAUCUUUCUCAUUGUUAAUGUAGAUGUCAGAUCCUGUGACGUGAGCCUGGGGAGUCAGAGCGGUAAUUCACCUGGCCCUCUCUCUUGUGAAGUCGUGAACACCUUGUUUAGAGGAGAAACAGAUCGGUUUCAGCUUGAGGAGCCCCAGCCUGCAGUUCCUGCUUCUCUUUCAUAUUCUGUGGGCUCCAGCAAAAGAGCAAAGGUGAAGAGGCAGCCCAGGCUGUUACACCUUUGAGCCUGUGUUGUGUUUCCAGUGUUUGAGCUUGGACUGUGGUUUGGAUCCUAAAGCUAAAUCGAGGGCUGAAAAUUGCAAAAAUCAGAAGAAAAUCAGAUGUAGUGAUAAAUGGUUAGCUGAUCUCACGAAAGAUAUCUGCACCUUAAAGCUGAGUUCUGAAAGAGCACAGCAUUCCACUGAUAUAUACAGUGUGGCUCUGAAGUCAAAAGGUGCUCAGAAAAUCCAGGAAAAGUGUUGCGAUGUGGAUUGAAGUUGUCAUGUGACUCAAUGGCUCCUAAUGGAAAAUCUCUUAAAUUUACCCCAGUAGAUACAAGUAACCUUGUCUGUGAAAGUGUUUCCUGUCAUCAAGUGCCUGGAAACGGCGCAAAAAUGCCUCCACUGGAAACUUCCAUCUCUUUCGGUGCAAGAAGUAUUCAUCACCACCUGAAAGUGAGCAGAUGAGAAAUUUCCAUGUAGCUUGCCAUCCAAAUGUCUCCUCUGUGAUUUUGCCAAGGGAGUCAAGCAUUGUUGCAGAAUCUUGGCAUCAUCAAACUUGACUUCAAGUUCACUUUUUUAAUAGAAAUAGAAGCUGUCCUGUGACAUCUAGACCCUCUGACCAGCUUCACCUCUAUCAUGGCAUCCUGGUAUAGACGCUGCAUUGGCAGUGUUGUGUUGAUGACCAAACUCCACUGGAGCAUGGAGCUGCCACAGACUGCAUGGAGGGUCAGAACUGUUCUUCUAGAGAGGAUGCUGUCUUCUGCAGAGCUUGUAAGCAGCCAGAAGCAACAGGAAGACUUCUCUGGUGUCUUGCAGACCAACAUUUUAGGGCUCAUCACAAUAAAAGAAGCCCAUGAUAUAGAAGCCAGACUUAAUGAAGUGGAAAAGCUUCUGAAGACUAUAAUAAACAUGCCAUGGAAGUAUUCAAGAUCUGAAGUAGUCCUCACAUUCUUUGAGAGAUCUCCUUUGGACCAAGUUCUAAAGAAUGACAAUGUCCAUAAAAUUCAGCCAAGCUUUCAAAGUCCAGUUAAAAUAUCAGAAAUCAUGCGAUCAAAUGGAUUUUGUUUAGCAAACACCGAAACAAUAGUCAUCGACCACAGUAUACCCAAUGGAAAAGAGAAGCACCUGGAUGUAGAUUCGGCAGAACACUUGUUUGAAAGUGUGAGUGACUUUACCUCAGAGUUAGAAGACAGUGAUGAUCCAACAGCUUAUGUCACCAAUUUGACAUACUAUCACCUGGUCCCAUUUGAGACUGACAUUCUGGACUGAGACUGUUUAAUGCCACGAUCAGCCAGCAUCCAGCCAACCUCUUCGUCCAUAGGCUCUGCUAUCUCCAGCAUUGCAUCUCUGUGAAUAAGGCUGUGCAGGCAAGAUCAACAGCUGGGAAGCUGCAGCAAGUGCACCACAAAGCUGGCUUUGUAGUCUGGCCUUCUGUUGUGUCUUGCAGAGAUGUCUUGUAAGGAGGUAACUGCUUCCCUGUGAACAACAAACUCAUUUUCCAUGAAAGCAAGACAGCAGAGGCCUCCUGGGGCUUGAGGAAAUCUCUGCAAUGUCUGUGGUAACUGCAGCUCUGAUAGAGCCACUGGAACUCGUGCUGUGGUGUGCUGUCACCUAUGCUUCUUGGCUUGCAGUGCAAGUUGAGGCUUCCUCUUUUAGGAUACCACCAGAAACUUCCCCAGAUGUCGUGCCCACACUUUUUAUGCUGUGUAAGCGAGAAGGCAAGCAAACCAGCUGAAUUUUGUCAGUUCCCUCUGCAGUUGCUUAAUGGAGGCCUUGCAGGUCACUUUUUGCUCAGCUACCAGAUGACUGGUGCCUUACAUGAGAUGUCAGAAACACCACUGAGUGCCUCCAGGAUACAGAACACAUGAGCCGACUGCUUUACUUCCUUUCAUCAAGGGUUUUUAUAUAAUCACUGAAGAGAUGACUACUCUUUCCCUCUUUCCAGGAGCAGUAAAGCAGACAGUAGCUGGCAUUGCAAUGGACUACACAUGAUGUUUAGGUACCUGAAUGAUGUCAGAGGUCUGGAAAGCUGAUGGGAAAGCUGAGCUGCCCUGCUAAGAGCGGUCAAGGCUACGACAGGCACUUGGAUAUGAAUUUUGUCAUGUGGACCAGAAAAUGUGAAUGGUGCUUACAGUUGUUUACAUCAGAGAGAUAGUUCCCUAUGCAUAUUUCUCCCCAGAGGAUGGGGAGGAAGCCAAUGAGAUUUAUGGCAUGUUUGGACUGAAAAAGAACGAUAAGCUACAGCGUGCCUACAGUGGUAGGAAAAACACCCACUCCUGGGGCAGCCUGAUUUGAGGAGUCUGCCUGGCUUUCUGAGAUACACCUGUGGGGCCGGGUGCAGGCCUUGUUGUCACAUGAAUGCAUUGGUGACAGUGGGAGCACGAGCAGGAUUGGAACCUGCAGCCUCUUGACUACUGAGUAGUGCAAGGUUAAAAUCUCCUUGGGGUCACUCUCUUGUAGAGCACUAUGAACUCCCAGCUCUCACUGUGAGAGCUCAGCACUCACUGUCGUGACCUGUUGUUGGGCUUUUUGUGAUCUAAUUGCAGACACGAAAUGGAAGGGAUUGAAAAGUGAAAGAGGGCAUUUUGAACGUGUUUCCUUGUAGUAGGGCUUACGUUGUCCUGAAGAAGUUGGUACAGCUCCCUUCCUUUGCAGACUUUUCGUUUCUAUCUGUAGAAUAACAGUCAAACAGCAUUUGCUAAUGUAAAUAAUAAAUUAUUUAGAAUCCUAAUUCUUUUACACAGUAUGUUUUUAAAAUAUAUUUUAAAUGAAAUAAAAUAUAACUCACCUUCAGUACACUUUCUCCAGCUUAAGGUGGUGCCUUCCUUCUUUCUUUUUCCCUCUCUGAAGACUCUUUCACAAUCAUGCCCAAUCCUCCUUCUCUUUCCAGUAGUUUUGAAAAAAUGCUGAGUUUUGGGAACUUCUCCUGUGCUGCGUGUGUUGCCUAUACUGCUGAUACAUGACAUAUUCAUGUGAAACCUCAUGGCCCCACUGUUGAUCUCAUGUAUAGGUGUAUGUGGCUCAAUGCCAUAAAGUUCAGUGGAGGAAUUCUGCACUUUUACAACCUUAAGUGAAAACAAAUCUGGCACAUACACUUUUUGAAGAUCAUGCAGAUCUAUGUACAUUAAACUUCUGAAGUAGAAGGGGAUAUGUCCAUACUUGUGCAAGGCUUUCUGAGCAGACUCUUGAAUUUGAAAUGUGGUGUUUCUUGUUUGUUUGUUUGUUUGUCUUUAAUCUCAUUAGUUAUAAUUCUUCUUCAAUUCUUUAGUGGUUUAAGUGAACCGUGGUGGGUUAGUAUCUGGUAAAUAAAUGUGUUGGAUUGAGAGUUGAAA